CUUUCUUCAAUACUUUUAGUAGUUAUAGAAGACGUAUAAUAUUCAACUAAAUUUUAUAGAUUACCUAAUUUUAUUACAAAUCGAAAUUUUGAGUUUCAUCCAAGCUACUCAAAUCUGUAUCUACGUAUAAAAGACAAUCGUCUAGUAAUCCAAUUAACGUAAAUAUCACAAUUAUGAUUAAACUUUAUUCUUUAAAGCAACAUAAAAAAGACGGUGAAACUCCAAAGUCAGGGAAUCAAAAGAAAGCAUCUGCUGCUCAUCUUAGAAUAACAAAAGAUUUAAAUGAACUUACUUUACCGAAAACAUGCACUACUGAAUUUCCUGAUCCGGAUGAUUUAUUAAAUUUCAAAUUGACCAUCUGCCCUGAUGAAGGAUCAUAUAAAGGAGGAAAAUUUAAUUUUAGUUUCAAAGUUGGAGUUAACUAUCCGCAUGAACCGCCUAAAGUAAAAUGUGAAACAACAGUUUACCAUCCAAACAUAGAUCUAGAUGGCAAUGUGUGUUUGAACAUAUUACGCGAGGACUGGAAGCCAGUACUGACCAUUAACAGUGUUAUUUAUGGCCUGCAGUAUUUGUUUUUGGAACCUAAUCCAGAAGAUCCUCUGAAUAAAGAAGCUGCAGAUGUUUUGCAGAAUAACAAAAGGUUGUUUGAUAUGAAUGUUCAAAAAGCAAUGAGAGGUGGAGUUAUUGGCAAUACAUACUUUGAGAAGUGUUUAAAAUAAUGAAAAAGUGUGAUCCUACUCAGACAAUGUUGCAAUUAUGUUUAUGCUAAUAAGGAUUGAUCUUUUUCGUGCAAACUUUGUAUGAAAUAAAAAAUGUAAUUCUUAUAUUGUAAUAUUCAUUUUUUGUCUCUUAA